GCGGCGUGGCGCGGGGACGCGCGCAGGCCUGGCGGCGGCGGGACCAGGCUCUCGAGAGAUGAAUCUAAUAAGGGAGGAGUGACCUGGAGAGGAGGAGGCAGGACAGACGACUACAAGGGGGACAGCAUUCUCUCUCUGUUGGAUACCUGAGGAGUCUCGAGAAGGACGAAGUGACCCUCUUGCCUUUGAGGAGCAGGACAGGACACUUCCGUAGAGAGCAUCGUGGGAUUAAUCUAGAGCAGAACCCAAGAGGCUGGGGUCUCAGAAUGGAGCAGAGUGCUGCGUCCGUUCCUGCUGCAUUGCCGUAUUAUGUGGCCUUCUCCCAGCUGCUGGGCCUCACCGUGGUGGCUGUGACUGGUGCGUGGCUGGGUCUAUACCGAGGUGGCAUUGCCUGGGAAAGCUCCCUGCAGUUUAACGUGCACCCGCUCUGCAUGGUCAUGGGCAUGAUCUUCCUGCAAGGCGACGCUCUGCUCGUGUACAGAGUCUUCAGAAAGGAAGCCAAACGCACGACCAAGAUCUUGCACGGGCUGCUGCACGUCUUCGCCUUCAUCAUCGCCCUGGUGGGCUUGGUGGCCGUGUUCGACUAUCACAAGAAGAAGGGCUAUGCUGACCUGUACAGCUUGCACAGCUGGUGUGGGAUCUCAGUCUUUGUCCUCUACUUCGUGCAGUGGCUCGUGGGUUUCAGCUUCUUCCUGUUUCCUGGAGCUUCGUUCUCUCUGCGGAGCCGCUACCGCCCUCAGCACACCUUCUUUGGUGCCACCAUCUUCCUCCUCUCUGUGGGCACAGCCCUACUGGGCCUGAAGGAGGCCCUGCUGUUUAAACUUGGGAGCAAGUACAGCACGUUUGAACCUGAGGGGGUCCUGGCCAAUGUGCUGGGCUUGCUGCUGAUCUGUUUCGGGGUGGUUGUGCUGUACAUCUUGGCUCAAGCUGACUGGAAGCGGCCAACCCAGGCUGAAGAACAAGCUCUCUCCAUGGACUUCAAGACACUGACAGAGGGAGACAGCCCCAGUCCCCAGUGAUUGCCUUCCUUGUCCUGUACGGGGGCUGCAAUGUGGGCGGUCCUCUUGGCUCUGUUGAUUUCCAGAUGUCUUUUUGCUCUUCCCAGCAGACACUGAGUCUAGGUCCAGGAGUGGGGCUGUGCUGUUAGUUUAGUGGGGCUCCGGGGCUUUGGUAUUGUCCUAGGUCUCCCUUCCUGCCCUUCCUCUCUGCAGCUUCUGAUGCAUCCUGUGAGCCGUGUGUAGGCUCUGCCUGUACCCCCUCUUGUCCAUUCACAUGCAGAAAGCUUGGUCAGGGGUCUGGGGUCCAGCCUGGUCCUGGUCCUCAUUGGAGCUAGACAGUAGCUCCACCCUCCUUGCAGCAGAUGGCUGGGCAGGGCCUGAGGGACUGGCAUGGGGAAAUCAAGACUGCUGUUGCAUUGUGUGUUCAACCCAGGAGUCCCAGCAGCUUGCGAAGCACGUGUCCUUGGCAGUGGAGCAAGUGAUAUUAUGUGUGAAGUAUGCUGGUGUUCAGAGAAAGGCUCCCCGAAGGAUCCCUGGCUCCCUGGUGUGUGGGUUGACCACAGUCUUGGACCUUUCUGUUCUUUUAAAUCCCUGAUCCUUAAAUAGGCUUUUCAUGGGGGAGGGGAUUGGUCAUCAAAACACAGGUAAAUGCCUGCCUGGUGGAGGAGGGAAGGCUAGCAGUGAGGGGCCUCCUGGCCUCCCGCUGCCCUGGCAGCGUUCCUCCCUUCAGCAGGGGAUAAGCCCUAGUUUCCCUCGGGCCAGCCUGGGCAGGCUCAGAGAGUGGGAGGCCACACACCUCCCGGGUUUUUGGAAGAGGGCUGCUGUUUGUCUUGUUUUCCAGGGACUGCUGGGGUACCCUGGCUGGGUUGAAGCAGCCCUGAGGGAUCAUGGUCCUCCCACCCCUGGGCCCGUCAUUGCUGGACAAUAGGACUGAAGUGGAAGAGAGGAAUGGGAUGGGUCUCCUGCGGUGCCUGCACUUAGCUUCAACCCCUACUGCCUGUUGUGUUGUUAGCUGAGUCACCGUUUGGCUUGAGUCUAGAAAUACUGGGAUUAGAGCACUGGGCUUGUGUUCUCUGGCCUGGCACAUGCUCUCUCCUUGUUUUCCUCCUCUCUUGGAUUUUGAGCCUCACACUGUGUGACGCAUAUGGUUAACUUGGUGAGGGAAUAAAUGGUUUCUGAACCUGGCAGUUCUUUUAGGUCAAUAGGCUGGCCUUCUCCGUCAGAUUUCUAAUAACUGUGCUUUGGGUCCUGCUUCUGGUGAUGUCUCUUCUCCCAGCUGUGGUGUAGCCCCUCUCCCGAGGCUACCUAGCACCCUGAGAUGGUGAGGUUUGCCUCCAGUUCCACUUGUAUGUUGUAAGGAUAGGGGAUCUUAGACCUGUCAUCCGUCGGCACACUGUAUAGUCAGAUGUUUACAUUUGGGAGACUCGUCCUUAGACCAGCUAAUGAGUGCCAUUGGGAGUCUCCCUUGCCAGACUACACAGAGAACUAGAAUUUAGGUCUCCAACGAGAGGCUGUAAACUAGGCUUUUUGCCAAAGUGUAUGAUACAUGACUAAGGACCAAAGAAGGCCCCCAAGCAGAUGUCUGUGGUUUCUUCUGUUUCUUCUGUUUUCUGUGACGUACAUACAGUGUGUUGUUGGUGCAACAGACAAAUCAAUAAAUGUCUACAGCUGA